AUGAUUUUAACAUGGGAUUUUGGAACAUGGGAACCUCACCGUAUAAUCAUCAUCUGCUUCUUCUUCUUCUUCUUCCUUUUCAGUGCUCCCUUCGUUGAAAUCGCGGCUGUCACGGAUCCUGAUCACAUAUCGAUCAACUGCGGCGGAGGUGCGGCGGCGGCGACAGCACUCGGCGGCAGAGAAUGGCUCGAAGACGCCGCAGUAGAAGGAUCGUCGAGAUCUUCCGCCGCGCUAGCUGGAUUGGAUCCAGUUCCGUACAAGACCGCGCGCCUCUCCCGCUCCCCAUUUUCCUACUCAUUAGCCCUAACUCCCGGCCAGAAAAUCAUCCGUCUCCACUUCAAUCCCGCCGACUACGACGGUUUCCCUAGCUUCGGCGACCUUUUCACCGUCGAAGCUGGGCCCUACACUCUCCUCUCCAAUUUCAGUGCUUCAAUAACCGCUCUUGCUCUCUCUCUCACUAUUCUCACUAAGGAGUUCUGCAUCAUCCUGCAGCAACACCAACACCUCAACAUCCUUUUCUCUCCUGAAACUAGCCAAUCCAAAUACAACUACGCUUUCGUCAAUGGGAUUGAGAUCAUAUCAGUCCCCUCCGCCAUUGCCUACUGCCACGGCGGGGACAGAGGAAUCCGCGUCGUGGGGCAGAAUUAUAUCGUGCAUCUCGACAACAACACUGCCCUUGAGAUCGUUCAUCGCCAGAACGUAAAAUGGGGAUCCGAUGAUGGCAUGUUCAGGAUAUUGGAAUCAUCUCUACGGCGAAAGCCAUCAAGGAUAUGGAGAGUGAGUGUUGAUGUGGGGUUUAGGUACAUGAUGAGGCUUCAUUUGUGCGAGCUCGGCCUCAAAAUGCACGACGAUUUCAUCCUUUGUAUCGAUGGCGUGGUUGCUUUCACUAGUCCUGAUGAUAUAGUUUUGCUCCAUCAUAGCUACAACUAUAUGGUGAUGGUGGAAGGUCAGAAACGCGAGGGGAAGAGAAACAUCUCCGUUUCUCUCCACUCUCGCCAUGAAUUCUUGGAUAAGCAUAGCCCCUUUGAAGGAUUUGAAGUCUUCAAGUUAAGCAACCAUGACAUGAGUCUUGCUAGUCCCAAUCCUCCUAUCCCUUCAAAACCUCACCAUGCUGUUGCUAGUGUGCCAUCCAGUGUUACUAAGACAGUUGUUGUCGUCGUCUUACUUUGUCUCUCAAACGUCGUCUUCCAUCUGCUGCAGGGUGGCAAACCACCGGACAGGGCGAAUCAGUUCUGUCGUUGCUUCUCACUAGCUGAGAUCAAAGUAGCAACGAAGAGCUUCCACGAAGGGAAUGUGGUGGGAAGAGGUGGAUUUGGUUUCGUGUACAGAGGGUUCAUGGAUAAUGGGAGAGAGAUGGUAGCCGUGAAGAGAUUAAAGCCGGGCUCAAAUCAAGGGGAGCGUGAGUUCUUGACAGAGAUCGAGACACUUGAUAAACUUCGACAUGGGAAUCUAGUUUCCCUGAUUGGAUACUGCAAGGAGAAAAAUGAAAUGAUUCUUGUUUACGAAUUCAUGCCAAAUGGCACUCUGGCUGACCAUCUCUACAAGAAGAACAAUCGCUUACAGCCCCUCUCGUGGGAGCAGCGCCUUAAGAUAUGCAUUGGAGUAGGCCGGGGGAUAGACUAUCUCCACACUGGGCGAGGCAUCAUACACCGCGAUGUGAAGUCCUCAAACAUCCUCUUGGAUGAAAUGCUUGUGGCUAAAGUGUCAGAUUUCGGGCUAGCUAAGCCUGCAACGGGCGGGAGCCAGGGGCAGAGCACGCUAGUGAAAGGCACGCGGGGAUAUCUGGACCCGAAAUACGGUGGCACUCAUAGAGUGACACAGAAGAGUGACACCUACUCUUUUGGUGUGGUGUUGCUGGAAGUACUGAGCGAGAGAGCUGCAGCGGAUGGGGUGGCGACGUGGGCUAAAGAGAGGAUCGGAAAAGGGGAAGUUGAUGAGAUUGUGGCUCCGAGUUUGAGAGGGGAGAUAUCAGCAGAUAGUUUGGAUACAUUUGUGGGAGUUGCGGAGAGAUGUGUGGCUGAUGAACCAAAGGAACGGCCGGAGAUGACGGAGAUCAUCAUACAGCUUGAGCUUGCACUUGUGCAGCAGCAGGGAGAUGGUGUGUCUUCAUUAACUCAGGAGAUUAGUGUUGGAGUUGAUCAGUUGUUGUCAGCUAGUAAUGAGAUGAUAAUGAUGAAUUCAAGAAAAAAGCCAUAUAAAGUUUGGUGGACAGUUUGGAAGAGUUUUUGGAAGAUUAGGAAGCCAUCUUCCUGCAAAACACACUUGGUUGGCAUCUCAGCAUCAUCAAGUUUGCAUUGCAUGGAGAGGGAUGGUAUACAGAUUUGAUUGCUGCCCAAUGUAAGUCUCUCAAAUAAAGAGCAACAUAUAUAUAUACAAUAAGUGGUUGCUAAAUUUGGAGAUUGGGUGUUGUAGUUGAUACAUGUAUCAUAUUGACAUUUUCUCUAUUAUCUUUAAUGCUGUUAUGUUAUAGCUGGAUACUUUUUGGUGAAGGUACAAAACCCAAAUAUAAAAUUUUAUGUACAUAUAUAUUUGUCUGUGUUGUAAAGAAAUGGGUGGUUUGCGGUU